GCGGUGGUUAUCAAAACGUUCAAAGCCCUGCCCAACAUGACUUCAGAUGAAGCAGAUCCAGACAAGUUCACUGUCGAACAAGAACCGACAAGCAGCGACAUUGUUGAUGACGCUGACCAAAAGGUCAAAUCCAGAGACGACACCAUGGAACUUUUGACCAAAUUGCUCGGUGACUACAAUACUGCAGAUGAUGUAAUCGAAACAGAGGAAAAGGUUCGGCUCGAGUCUGACUUUGAGGAUGGCCUUGACUUUUACCAAAUUAGCUUUGACGAGGUGGACGAUCGGAUAUCGGCGUUCCAAGAGGAUGAAUUUGUCAAGGAUGCUCUCGAGAAGGGAAUGGAUCUUCGACAGUAUGCCCUACAAGUAGAGAAUGAGAUGCAAGAAAUGCAGUCUGAGUAUGAAAACGAUUACACUAACAACGUACGAGCGUUUAUUGAGCUACAUCAGCAAUUCGAGGCUUCAGACGAAAUUUUGGGCAAUAUGGAAGAAAUGUUAAACGUCUUUCAGACCGAUCUCGGCAAUAUUAGUCGAGAGAUCAAGAACCUUCAGGAACGAUCGACUGAAAUUAACAUCAAGCUGAAAAAUCGAAAGGUCGUGGAAGGAAGACUUGGACACAUUUUGGACAAUGUGGUGGUAGCUCCACAUAUGAUAAGAAAAAUUGUAGAGAGUGAUGUGGACGAAGUAUGGCUUCAGUAUUUGUUGGAAUUGAACAAGCGGAUGCGAUUUGUGAAAGCCAAUCAGAACAAGCCUAUUCGAGCUUUACAAGGCAUUGGUCCAGAAUUAGAAAAAUUGCGCUUAAAGGCUGCAUCGACCAUCCGAGACUUUUUCGUCAACAAGAUCAUUUCACUUCGAAUACCAAAUACCAAUAUUCAAAUUUUGCAGCAAUCUGUGUUUUUGAAAUACAAAGCAUUAUACCACUUUGUCACUGAACGUCACCACGAGGCAGCCACUGAGAUUCGCCAGACGUACAUCAACACCAUGCGAUGGUACUUUUACAAUCAUUUUGAUCGUUAUCACAAGGGAUUGGUGAAGCUUCAGUCAAACAUUGCCGAUAAAACGGAUCUUAUUGGUGUAGAAGAAAGUGUAAAGAAAGGCGGACUGUUCAGCAGCGGCAAACCGUCAAUAAGAGACAAGACCAACGUUUUUGCACUUGGCGAUAGAAUUGAGACGCUUCGUGCGCAUGACGCUGGCGUCAUUUUGGUUCAUAUUGCUGAAGAUGAAGGCGUGAGAUACCCAUUUGAGCAAUUAUUUAGAAGCUUCAAUCUCACAUUGAUUGAUAAUGCUAGCUCUGAAUACCUCUUUAUCACCGAAUUUUUUGCAAACAACCAAGCCAAUAAUGAUACGUCUAAGCUUAUAUUUCAGCAUAUUUUUACGUUAACGGAGGAUGUCGGCCUGACAUUAACCAAGUCAUACGUUGAACAAUCUCAUGAUGCAGUUGGCAUAUUACUCUGCAUUCGUAUUAACACACAGCUCAUGAUGGAACUCCAGCGUCGUAGAGUGCCGACCAUGGACAAUUAUUUAAACGCCACUAACAUGCUUUUCUGGCCACGAUACCAACACAUUAUGGAUAUGCAUGUCGACAGCAUACGGAAGAUGGCGGCGUCCAAGUCAGUUAUAUCUGCCGUCAAGGACAUCCAUCCACAUUACGUAACAAGGCGAUACGCAGAAUUUUCCACAUCCGUACUUACACUCAAUGAUGGCUACGAUGAUUCAAAUGUCACAAGCAGCUUACAGCGUCUACGCAACGAGCUCGAAGGUCUCCUGUCUCGGAUGUCUAACGAACUGCCGGACACGAUUCGGAAAAUCGCCUUUUUAAUCAAUAAUUACGAUCUUAUCGUUUCCGUUAUGCAAGAGUCCGCUAAUCGGGCUGUCAACGCGGAGCUAGAGCAUGUGGAGCAAAUUCUGGGACUUCAGAAAGCAGCGUUUGUGGAAGAGCAAUUGAAACCCUUCUUUGGCGAUAUCAUUGAUUGUGUCAACAGCGUUGAACAUCAAAAGAACAAGCCCAGCGAUUUCAGUUCAGCUCAACUUGAAAGGAUCUCGACCCAGUUUGCUCAGACAUGGCGGCAGUCUCUUAGUGCCAUCAACACCUCGGUCAUUCAAUACUUUUCCAACUUCAAAAACGGAACUACCGUCCUUCAUGCUGCUCUAGGGCAAUUAAUCGUGUAUUAUACGAAAUUCAUCGACUUGUUGGAAAAGAGAUACUCCGGACAAACUCAAGGUUCUACCGCCACAGGAGGUACGUUAGGUAUUGCCGGUUGGAAGGUUCAGCCGGUCGGUGUACAAACGGUCAUGGUGGCAGUCAAAAGCUUUAGAUCAACAUUUUAGAAAACUUCGUUGGUUUUUUAACCUAGGCAAAAAAACAAAUAAAUAACACCCCCUUUUUUUUCUUUCAAUAUUGGGGCCACACAGUUGA